AUGACUAACAUAGUCCUCACACCUCCAGUAACUCCAAUGUUCAAUGAGAUGAAAGACACACCAGAGAACUUGUCUUCGUUUGUCCAGACGUUUAUUGCUUCAAUAUUCCCACCUUCAAAGAAACAAAUGAUGACGAACUUAUACACUCCACCGGCAUCCCCAGCAUCUUCACAGUUCAACACUGGUCCACACUCAGACUUAUACGAGUUUGCACACUAUAUUAUUACACGUGCUGAGCUCUGUACUGAAGCAGCGCUCUCUGCAUUGGCAUUAUUAGCAAGACUACGUAGGAAACUUCCAAGGGCUAGAGCUGAAUCUGGUCCACGUCUUUUCCUCGCUGCAAUGAUCGUCGCAUCAAAGGGCCUAUUUGAUAUUGCGUACAACAACCCUGGAUGGUAUGAGAUUGCUGCUGGCUGCCCUGCAAUUGAAGCAGACUUUGCUUUAGCUGAUAUUAAUCUGAUGGAGCGCCAAUUGCUUUCUCAUUUGGAUUACCGUGUUGCUGUUUUUGGGGAUGAAAUUAUUGCUCUUCGUAGGAUAUACAUGACUGGACAAAUUCAACAACAAACUUCAUUAGUCAAGUCAGCAUCAACUAACACAUCAAUCAACAGCCUGCUUACUCCGCCACCAUCACCUUUGGAUUUACCAGUUGAACAGGUACAAGCGGAAGCUCCACCACCACGUCCACUCAAAUCUCGUGUACGUAAUUCAAUUGCUGGUCCUCAAGACAUACAACAUUAUCAAGCAUUCAACGAACCAUUAUCGAUAUAUGCUAGAAGACCACGUGCAGCGCCUUUACCACCACUGUUACCUGUUCAAUCUAGUUGCUCGAUGGAGAGUGGACCAUUGUCAGCACCAAGUGAUGGUCAAUUACCUGCAUACCCAUCUUCAUUCGAGCAAUUGUUACGCUCACAUCGCCGCUGGCUCUAACUAACGACCAAUACAAAAACGGACAUUAUCUCAUUCUCUUAAAUUAUCGACUGUUUUAAUCAAAUACCCACAAAGUCUUACUGUAAAUCAUUUUUAAU